CAUCCCCCUUCUCUCCCUCUCCCUUCAAUUACCUUCUUCACCGUACGUGUUCUUCAUCGACAUACUUAAUUCACAAUAAUAAUUCUUAUUUUUUAUUGAAGAUCAUAUAUAUAUGGCGAGCAUCACGGUGGAUGAGCUCCGCAAGGCCCAACGGGCGGACGGCCUGGCCACCGUCCUCGCCAUCGGCACCGCCACUCCGGCUAACUGCGUCGACCAGAGCACCUACCCCGACUACUACUUCCGCAUCACCAACAGCGAUCACAUGACCGAGCUCAAACACAAGUUCCAGCGCAUGUGUAAGCCCCGCCCCGCCCCCCACGACACGACCCUUACCAAUUUUCCCCCCCUUAAUGCAUGAUAACGAUGGUGAUAUAUGCAUGAUUUGCGUGUACACUACAUACGUACUAUAGGCGAUAAAUCCAUGAUCAGGAAGCGUUACAUGCACCUGACGGAAGACUACCUGAAAGAGCACCCCCAACAUGUGCUCCUACAUGGAGCCAUCUCUCGACGAUCGAUAGGACAUCCUAGUCGCCGAGGUCCCCAAGCUUGCCAAACAAGCCGCCGUCAAGGCGAUCAAGGAGUGGGCCCAACCCAAGUCCAGCAUCACCCACUUAAUCUUCUGCACCACCAGCGGCAUCGACAUGCCCGGGGCCGAUUACCAGCUCACCAACCUCCUCGGCCUCCGCCCCACCGUCAAGCGCUUCAUGAUGUACCAGCAGGGCUGCUUCGCCGGCACCACCGUCCUCCGCCUCGCCAAGGAUCUCUCUGAGAACAACAAGGGUGCGCGCGUACUCGCGGUUUGCUCCGAGAUCACGGCUGUGACGUUCCGCGGGCCGAGUGACUCCCACCUGGACAGUCUAGUAGGCCAGGCCCUGUUCGGGGAUGGAGCCGGUGUUGUUAUAGUGGGCUCGGAUCCAGUUCCGCUGGUGGAGAGGCCCAUCUUUGAGCUCGUCUUCAUAGCCCAGACGCUGGUCCCUGAUAGCCACGGUGCUAUCGACGGGCACCUUCGCGAGGUGGGCCUCACGUUUCACUUACUGAAAGACGUUCCUGGGCUUGUGUCCAAGAACAUCGACAAGUGCUUGAACGAUGCGUUCAAGCCCUUGGGAUCUCGGACUGGAACUCGCUUUUUUGGAUAGCGCAUCCCGGUGGGCCUGCGAUCUUGGACCAGGUGGAGGAGAAGUUGAAGCUCAAGGAAGAGAAGCUCCGGGCAACGAGGCACAUGCUGGCGGAGUACGGGAACAUGUCUAGCGCAUGUGUGUUGUUCAUUUUGGACGAGAUGAGGAAGAAGUCGGCUGCGAAUGGGUGCAGCACGACGGGAGAAGGGCUGGAUUGGGGUGUGCUUUUUGGGUUUGGGCCUGGGCUUACUAUUGAGACCGUGGUCUUGCACAGUGUGGCUAUUUGAGGUUGUGGGGUGGUGAUGAUGGGCUUGGGUGCUAUAGCUUGCGAUUACAUGCUUUUUGUUCGGCCCAACUUCUAUUUGUGGGAUCUGUUAUUGGGUUCGUGCGUUUGCUUGCUUCGUGGGCCUAUAGUUACUAUGGCCACUGGUUGGAGUUGGGGAGGUCUCAAGGAAAAUAUAGUGCGCCUUUUGCUUCAACUUGAUUCUUGAAGCAUGUUGUAUUUUACGGUUAUAUAUUUCGAGUUUGAACUUAAAUAAAUGAAUAUUGUUCCA